CAGACCCUCCUCCACCAGCUGAUGCUGUAUAAAGCCUUUGGAGGCACACUCCCAGCUGCCCAUUGCGACCAUGAAGGCGAUCCUCUUCCUCCUGUUGGCUACCUACUUGGCCCUGCAGCCAGGUGCCGCCUUGCAGUGCUAUUCCUGCACAGGGCAAGUGAACAACAGAGACUGCCUCAAUGUGCAGAACUGCACCCAGAGCCAGACCAGCUGUUGGACAUCACGCAUUCGGGCCAUUGGACUUGUGACAGUUAUCAGUAAGGGCUGCAGCUCAAACUGUGAGGAUGACUCGGAGAACUACUACGUGGGCAAGAAGAACAUCACGUGCUGCUCCACCGACCUGUGCAAUGUCAGUGGGGCCCACACCCUGAAGCCAGCCAGCACCCUGGGGCUGCUCACUGUGCUCUGCAGCCUGUUGCUGUGGGGUUCCAGCCAUCUAUAGGCUCGACUACAGCCUCUACUGUGCAGGGAUGCCCCCGCCCUGCCCCCACACUCCUAGCAUCCACACAAGGGCUGGCCUUCAUCCUGCCUCUCCUGGUGCACCCUCCUCUCGCUGCUUCUAUUUCUACAGCUGGUGCUUUGCCCCGCCCCCCCUCGCCUCCAUCCGCACUGUACCCUACCAGCUUCUGCUGCAGGACUCCCUUGCCACCCUGCUCUCCAGGAGCUGAGCCAGUCUGCACAGCGGCACUUGGAAAGGGUCUGGUGAAGGCUGAGAUGAGAUGGACUGGGCAGCAAUGAAGCUGGGAGGUGGGUGUGAGAUACUAGGAGUCCUAGGAGAUGAGACCCGCUGUUAGGG